AAAUCUGCCCCGUCGGAGGCUGAAAAAUUUUAGGGCUUUCGGGCAUGCGCACUCCGUAGUGCUGAGGAACGCUCCACUUGGACAUGAGAAAUUUAAAAUACAGAGAAUUUGUUUUGAUAUUUGCAUGACACAGUGGAAAGGAUCAAGACGGGAAGUAGUUUGCCAAAUUGUUUCAGGCAUUGCUAUUUGUAAUGGAAGAGGAUACAGAUUAUAGGAUCCAGUUUAGUUCUUUGUGGUUCAUUAAUGAGCAUGUUGGAUUUCAGGGUACUAUAAAAAGUUCACCAAGUGACUUUAUUGUUAUUGAGAUUAAUGAACAGGGACAAUUAGUUAAUAUGACCAUUGAUGAACCUGUUUUGGUUAGUAAAAUGCUACCGGAGAUGAAUAAUUUUGCCAAAAAACCAAAACUAGAUCUUCAAAAUUUGCCCUUUGAAGAUAGAAGUAACCAAGAAGUUAAUACUUUGGCUGUUUGCUCCAGUGGUGACCAAAAUCAUCAGCCAGAUUCAGAAAAAAAAGACACUAUUGAUGACAGGACAUGCAAACAAGAAGAAAAACCUGCUGUAUUAAGCUCUUUGUUAGAUGAAAAAACUAAUGAAUUACUGAAUCAAUUUGCCUAUGAUAUAAAAGAGAAGUGGAAUUCAAGAACUGAGUCAAUUGAACCAUUCCCUGAAUUUUCAUUAGGCAGAAUCCUUGACAAAAACCAGAGGGCCAGUUUACAUAGUGCUAUUAGGCAGAAAUUUCCAUUUUUAAUAACUGUAGGAAAAAACAGUGAAAUUGUUGUAAAACCAAAUCUUGAAUAUAAAGAACUGUGUCACUUGGUGUCUGAAGAAGAAGCAUUGGAGUUUUUUAAAUAUUUAGAUGCUAAGAAAGAAAAUUCCAAAUUUACCUUUAAACCUGAUACAAACAAAGACCACAGAAAAGCAGUCCAUCAUUUUGUCAACAAGAAGUUUGGAAACCUUGUAGAAACCAAAUCUUUCCCUGAACAGAAUUACAAUGCUAGUAAUCCAAACAUAGUGAUAACAGUAAGAUUUCGGGAAAAGACACACAAGUGUGGAAAAAGGUCUCUUCCUGGAUGCCAGGAAGGAAAAAUUAUACAUACAGCUUUUACCCUGCGAAAGGAAAAUCUGGAGAUGUUUGAAGCAGUUGGUUUUUUAGCUACAAAACUUGGUGUGAUUCCUUCAGAUUUUAGUUAUGCAGGCCUUAAAGACAAGAAAGCCAUCACCUAUCAAGCAAUGGUUGUUAGAAAAGUGACUCCAGAGAGGUUGAAAAAUAUUGAAAAAGAAAUUGAAAAGAAAAGAAUGAAUGUGAUUAACAUUCGCUCUGUAGAUGAUUCCCUUAGACUUGGUCAGCUCAAAGGAAAUCACUUUGAUAUUGUCAUUAGAAAUUUAAAAAAUAAAAUAAAUGAUUCUGCAAACCUGAGAGAGAGAAUUUGGGAGGCAAUAGAAAAUGUUAAGGCUAAAGGUUUUGUGAAUUACUAUGGACCACAGAGAUUUGGGAAGGGAAGGAAAGUACACACAGAUCAUAUUGGAUUGGCAUUGCUGAAGAGUGAAAUGGUGAAGGCUGUAAAAUUAUUUCUUAUGCCAGAGGACUCAGAAGAUCCUGUAAAUAGAGCCAAGAAAUAUUUUCUUCAAACUGAAAAUGCUAAAGGUACGCUUUCACUGAUGCCUGAGUUCAAAGUUCGAGAGAGAGCAUUGUUGGAGGCGUUACAUCGCUUUGGCAUGACAGAGGAGGGGUGCAUCCAAGCAUGGUUCUCUUUUCCCCAUUCUAUGCGCAUAUUCUACAUUCAUGCAUAUAGUAGCAAAAUUUGGAAUGAGGCAGUGUCUUACAGACUUGCAACCUAUGGAUCAAAAGUGGUGAAAGGUGAUUUGAUCUGUUUGGAUGAAGAUAUUGAUGAACAUUUCCCAAAUAGUAAAGUUCAUCUGGUAACUGAUGAAGAGGAAGCAGCUGGUACAUAUGAAAUACACCAGGUGGUUCUUCCAGUACUUGGAUACAAUAUUCAGUACCCAGAGAACAAAGUAGGGCAGUGGUAUGGGGAAAUACUUAACAGAGAUGGACUACAGACAUGUACGUUUAAAGUACCUGCUCUGAAACUGAAUGUACCAGGAUGUUACAGACAGAUUUUGAAGCAUCCCCGUAAUCUCUCAUACAAACUAAUGAGAGAUCAUGAUACUGAUGUCAAAAUGCAAGGUUCCCACAUUGAGGAAGCAACUGUGUCUCUUUUGAUCUCUUUUGAUCUUGAUGCUUCAUGUUAUGCCACAGUUUGUCUGAGGGAAAUAAUGAAGCAUGAUGUUUAAAACUGAUACCCUUAACAUACUCAUAUGUAUAUCACUCUUUAAAGGAAAGGGAGCUGAAAUUUCCUGAGCAUCUUCCAUACACUAGGAGCUUCAUAAUUGUUGUCUCUUAAUUUUCACAACAUCCUAGGAAGUUGGAAUUUGAUGCUUUAAUGUUCCAGGAAGGUAAGUGUCAGAGUCAUUUUAAGAUCUAUGUGACUCCAUUGCCUGUUCUAUUAUAUCAUGCUUCAAUAGUCUUUGUUCAGUGUCAUAAAAUUUACAGUCUUUUUAAACUACUAAAAACAUAUACUGUAAGAUAACAUUUAAGAAAAAAUAUCUUAAAGUAAUACUCCAGCUCAGUGGUGGCAAACCUAUGGCACAUGUGCUGCAGUGGUGACACAGAGCCCUCUCUGUCGACAAGCAAGCCAAGUUGCCCCAGCAUCACCCCAGCAGCCAAGCAUCGGAUAUUCAGAAUUAAUUACAGUGACAAAUAAAUGGGUUUUGGGUUGCAGUUUUUACCCCUUUAUGAGAUAAAUAAUCUUUGAUGAAGGAUGAAGUAAAAUUUUCCAUAUAGUUUUUAUAUCUUGGCUUACAUUAACUCCCUAAAUCUUUUUUUCUAUUAUCUAAAACACAGACUUUAGUGUCAGACAGGUCUGUGCUCUGACUUCAGCUCUGACAUACACUAGUAUCUUAGCAUAUGUUAUUCUUUUAAGAAUCAAGGCAAGAGGAUUGCUGCAAGUUCAGAGCCAGCCUAGGCUACAUGGUGAGUUCAAAGCCAGUCUGAACUACAUAAUGGGAUCCUGUCUCAAAAAAAAGAGGUAGUAUCAGUUUCAUAAAUGGCAAAGAACACAAAUAUCUGCACCUUUUAUGUUGCUAGACAAAGGAAACAUUUUGCCCAUUUGAAAAUUUUAGUGUUUCUCAGUUUAACUGUCCCACAUUAAUAAAUUGUCUUUUUUUUUUUCUUAAAGACGAAGUUUCACUAUGUAGUUCAGGCUGGUCUUGAACUCACUAUGUAGCCCAGGCUGGCCUCCCGCCUCAUGCUCUCAAGCCUCUCAAUUAUGGGUAUGCACCACCACACCUGGCUCUCAUAAAUUAUCCUUAAUGACUUUUUAAUCAGUUAAAUUUGUGGUGGGAAGAUGACUGAUUCUUACGUAUGGGGAAGAUCUGAGCAUCCUUUCAGUGCUGGUAUGAUGAUGAAAUUUAAAGAGCAGUAUAGAACAUUAAAUAUCAGUAACCAGGCACUUUAAUAUGCUAUAAGUCAGUCUAACAACUUAGGGAAUAUUAGCACAAGAGAAUUAAAUUAAAGACAAGGAAAAAGGUUAUAUGUAAUGCAAAAUUUGCUUAUUAUAGCAUGUUAUAUAUAAUGAAAGAAAUUAGAAAUAAUUUGAAAGCAUUAAAUAACUAAUGUAAGUAAAAUGAGAUAAACCAAAUUGAUGGCAAGGAUGUAGUUAUUAAAAAUGAAGGGUUUAGUAACAUUAGAAAAUAUUACCCUCCCUAAAGCAGAAUAUGUGUAUUACAUGAAUGCAGUAAUAUACUGAAUUCACCUUUUACAAAUGAAAGGCAUUUUGGCAUAGUGAUUAAAAGCAUAUAUAUGGAGACAAAUUCUUCCUGUUUGAACUCUGGGCCUAUGUUAGACAUAGCACUGGGCAGAUGAUUUAAAUUUGUAUGCUUGAUACAGGUAUUACUAACUUCAUAGGAUUAUUGUGAAGACUUCCUGAGUUAAUAUAUGUACAAUAGUCAUAAAGGAGUGCCUGGCACUUAAAUUAUUGCUAAAUAAAUAUCUGCAGGUACAAAUUUAGAAGAGAAAGAAAAAAGAAAUGCAAAUAUUCAGUUAAGAUGAUGGAGUGUUUAAAUUACAUUUUUGAUAUAUAUUUUAGCAAUAAAUUGAACACAAAAAUUGGAUAUUAUAGUCUUGAUUUUUAAAAAUUAACUUCACAGUUCUAAUAUUUAUUGAAAACGAAGUGUGUUGCUCUAUUAGGUAGCAAAAUAAAUUUUUUUAAAAUGACCUAUUUUGUAAUAAAUUAUAUCUUAUGAAUGUUAUCAGAAAAUAAGAUAUCAAUUAUUAAAUCCUAGUUUUCUUUAAAACGUCAGAAAAUAAAAAAACCAUAAAAAUAUACUAUCAGUAAUAUUUUCUUCACCUGUAGGUGGCACUAUAAUUUUAGAUAUCCUAUUUAGUACAGUAACUGCUUUAGUCAUGUAUAAAGACAGGAUCACUGUUUUUUUCAUUAUGAAAUAUUUUGAUAUUAUGUGAAAAAUGUCAGUAAUAUUUGCCAUGAUAAUUUUUUUUCAGUUUAGGAACUUUAUUAAUGUACUUUGGACCAACUAACGACCAAUCCAAGUUUUCAUGGGCAUUUAAGAUCUUCAUAAGUAUGCCUUUUGGUUUAGUUUUAAUUAUCAAAGUUACAUUUGAAACUGAAUAAUAGUGCCUGUGGAUCAGUAAGGUGAAAUAAUUUCCAGUUUUCUUAAUCAAAAUUUUUUGUUAGUUGUAAUAAAGUUUUGACCCAACUAAUGUUUAUUUAUAUUAAAUGUUUUAUUUAAAGGCUGUAAAUGUGAAAAAAGAAGAUAACACAGAUUACAUUAUGAUGAUCAAGGCCGUGUUCUAUAUGACAGAAAUCAAAACAAAACAAAUUUAUACAGUAAAUAUACCAGCACUGAACACAGUACUUGAAAUUUAACCCAAGGUACAUAUGCAUAAAAUGAUCUGACUACAGGAUUAUGCAAAAUAAACUUUUUUAGAACAUCAGAAUGUCAAGCAUUCUGACUAUAAACUGACUUAUUCCCCUAAACAGUAUUUUGAGACAAUUUCUAUAUGACAUGAAAAGAACUGAUGUAACACUUAAAUACUAUAAAAAUAGUUGAAAACAUUUGUAAUGCAGUUCUCUAUAAACUAUAGUUAAUCUUAUUACUUAAAAAAUUGAAAAACAAAAGACUACCAUGGAUAAUGGUGAAAACCUCAUCAAAGAAAAAAAUGCUCAUCAUUUGGAUAUCAUUGGCAGAAAACUGAUAAGAUUUUGUUGAGGGGAAUAGAGAAGGUAUCUAAUGAGGUCAUGUAAAAUUUGUUUAAAAAUGUUCAUAAAGUUGUAAAUUUCUGCUUUUACCAUCUUAAAAUAUUAUACCAAGAACACACGUUCUACUGUUUAACUGGAGGACAAAAGAAUAUCUUGAAAAAAGCGUUUCUCAAAAUGAGGUUCAAAAGCCCAAAAGAACUCUAAUGUGGGCUCAGUAAUAAAUAUGUUAAACAAACACCCUGUGUGAUUAUUCUACAUUCUGAAUGCCCUAC